AUGCCUAGGAAACCCACACCGACGGCUAAGCAGCGGGUUCGGACUGGUUGCCUAACUUGUCGGAAAAGGAGGAGAAAAUGUGAUGAGCAGAAACCAAGAUGUGCCAACUGUGAGGUAAAAGGGUUCGAGUGUAAAUAUAGCUCUGAUCUCGCAUUUGUACCACAGCGCGAGGGGGGUGCUUCCCGUGCGUCGAGGCAAGCGUAUAGCAGUAUCACAUUCGUCGAUGAAUCGCCCUUUGCAACUGCAAAUAAGGAGAAAUCAAAGGCCCCACCAAAGCCUGCAGAUGAUUCCCAGAGCGAUGGCAAUGCUGGGUUCUCUUUAGACGGAUUGCAGUCUUCGGCUGAUGGCCCAGAUGACCCUGGGGAUACAGGCCGCACCUUUGAAUUGCAAAGCAUAUUGUCACCGGCAGUGCCCCGUGUGGACUUUUCUGAACCUCCAAUCCCGUUUGUCCGUGAACGGCGUGCGCCGCAUACUCGAUACAUGAACAGUGCUCCGUACUUCGGAUACCGAUCUGUCACUAGCGAUAGGACAGUGGUGCGACGAGGGGCACUUGCAAGUGGCAGUCAUGAAACUGACUUGCUUCGACAUUUUCGGUACCACGUUGGUCCUUGGAUCGAUACCGGGGACCCUGAGCUCCCGUUCGGCUUACAUGUCCUUCUACUCUCUCGAACCAACAGAGCCCUGCAAGCUGCGGUCCUUGCGCUGUCUUCAAGUCAACGACUUCUCGUGGCAUCCCCGAAUAUCAAGGACCUGGAAAGCAGUCAGCAGUUCCGAAAGGAAGCGGAAGAGGGUCUUGCGCUUGAAUAUGAUCUGGCUAGAUAUGCUGGUCAUACCCUUUUGAUGCUUCAAGAUGCUCUGCCUGUUGGACCGCAGCAGUGGAGAAGUCUUUUGAUUCACAGAAUAGAACAUAUAAGUGACUUUGCGUCACGAGCAGUGGGUGAAGAGGUUGGGGAGGCCUUGUUGUGGCUUUACUUUCGACUCGAUCUCGCAGGCUCGAUAUCCUCUUCAAAACCACCACUUAUGCCCUUUCGAUCAUUAUUACGACGAGAUGGCACCUUAUUACACCACCCACAACCCAUGCGUCCUCAGACAGUCAAUUCCGUUUACAAGCACAUACUGUGUCUUCUGGGACACUGUCUAGCCCUAAUUCACGGGGAUCCAGAAAUGUCCCCUCCCCGUACUGUCGCAUCGUCAGAUCUGGCAGCAUUCCCCUCUUUACGGCAAUCGCACUCCUUAUCACAGUGGACAUUCCUCUGGUCAGACUGCCAGAAAUGGUACAACGAUCGACCAGUCAACGUGCAACAGAUCGUCGACAUCCGCGGCAGCGAAGCUGACCAAAUCGACCCAGACCACGACUCUUCAUUCCCAAUCCUCAUCUACACGACGCCAAUGGCGCUGGUCGCCAACGCUGUCUACCACAUGAUAUCUCUCCUAUUGCUCACACAUAAGCCACGGCUUCUGAAAUCACUGCCCGGACCAAGGUCCGUGACGUCACAUAUAUGGCAUGCGCAGUCUAUCGCCGGGAUCGCAGCAAGCAAUGACUCUCCCGAACAAUGGGAUCCGAUAUUAGUUGCGAGUCUUCUGACUAUUGCCAAGGAGAUGACACAUGAAUCUCAACAAGCCGUUUUAUUGGACCGUUUUUCUAGGAUCACGGCUACAACGGGCAUCAAAUUAGACCUAGAGACCGAGGAGCUUCAAGCGGCAUGGAACCUGGCACGAUACGAAGAGGAAUUCGAUGAUGAAGCUGACGCUAUGAUUUCAUAA